AAUUGCUUUAUAAAUUUUGUUAAAAACAGAAAAAAUUACUUAUCAAACUAUUAGAUCGAAGAAUGAGUAAGAAACAAGUUUCUAUCAAACAUGGCCAUUUUACAUGUUCUGCUAAUGCAGAAUAUGACGAGGUAAUACAUAAAAUUGAUGAUAAUAUCCUAUCCAUUAAAUUACCGAAGGACAAACGUCGCGUACAAACCGUGGAUACCGACGAAAGAGUUGCUAAACCUGCGCCUAUCAUCGAUGUUAAUUGUUUCGAUAAGUAUGGUAAUAAAUGUAAGAAAGGCUGCCCGAAAGUCAAUGUGAUGCAUAAUCAGAUACCUCCUCCGAAAAAACCGGAAGAAGAAAUGUUAUUACUAAGGACAAUGAGGGAAAUUACUCCGGCGGACGAUAUGAAACAUAUUCUUGAAGUGGAAUUUAAAUUACCACGAAAUUAUAUUCCGUUACCGGAACCAGGGCCUCCCCCAUCCAUAAUUAUUCCAAAAGAGCUUGUCGAGAAAAAGACUAAAGAUUAA